AUGGGUUGCGUGAAGUCGAAGGAAGCUGACGUCCAAGAGAAGAUGAUAAAAACUGACCCUGACCCCGGCCCCAGCCUCCAGCAAGGCCACUACGUGAAGGACCCCACGGCCACCAACAGGAAGAACAAUAAUGUCCCCGGCGUGGCCGUGUCUCUGCCCAAGGAUGGCUCGGGGGACAGCGUGGUGCUGGCGCUCUACGACUACGAGGCGAUGCACUCUGGGGACCUGAGCUUCCAGAAAGGGGAGCGGCUGAAGGUGCUGGAGGAGGCAGGGGAGUGGUGGCGAGCGCAGUCGCUGGCGACGGGGCACGAAGGCUUCAUCCCCAGCAACUACGUGGCCCGAGCGGACUCGCUGGAGACGGAGGACUGGUUUUUCAAGGGCAUCAGCCGGAAGGACGCGGAGCGGCAGCUCCUCGGCCCCGGGAACGUGAUCGGGUCCUUCAUGAUACGGGACAGCGAGACCACGCAAGGCUGCUACUCGCUGUCGGUGCGGGACGGGGAGGACCUGCGGAGCGGCACGGUGAAGCAUUACAAGAUCCGGACGCUGGAUACCGGCGGCUUCUACAUCUCCCCACGCAGCACCUUCCGGGGUGCGGGGUUUCCUGACCGAGGCCCCGCGUCGUGCUCGGCUCCCCGGGACCCUGUGCCACCUCCGGCCGAGCCGCCAGCCCCGGCCCCCUCCCUGUCCGCAGGGAGCCUGCUGGAUUUCCUGAAGAGCGACGAGGGGAACAAGCAGCCGCUCCCGAAGCUGAUCGACUUCUCCGCUCAGAUUGCAGAAGGAAUGGCUUUUAUUGAGAAGAGGAACUACAUCCACAGAGACCUGAGAGCUGCCAAUAUUCUGGUGUCGGCAAUGCUGGUGUGCAAGAUCGCAGACUUUGGACUGGCCAGAGUGAUUGAAGACAACGAGUACACGGCACGGGAAGGUGCCAAGUUUCCCAUUAAAUGGACUGCACCAGAAGCCAUCAACUACGGAUCUUUCACUAUAAAAUCAGACGUCUGGUCCUUUGGGAUCCUCCUGACUGAGAUCAUUACCUACGGGCGCAUCCCAUACCCAGGGAUGUCGAGCGUGGAGGUGAUCAGGGCGCUGGAGCGCGGGUACCGGAUGCCCCGCACCGAGAACUGCCCCGAGGAGCUCUAUGACAUUAUGAUGAGAUGCUGGAAGACCAAACCGGAGGAUCGUCCCACCUUCGAGUACAUGCAGGGCAUUUUGGAGGAUUUCUUUACUGCGACAGAGAGGCAGUACCAGCAGCAGCCGUAGCGCAGGGAGCGUGGUGAGGAGAGCGGAACCCGCCGUGCCAGCGCCGCGAGCACACGCGCCCUGCUCCGCCCGCCCCGCUGAGCUCUGCCCGCGCACGCCUCCCCGCCAGCCUGGCCCGGGAACCAGAGCCUGCCUGGGCUGGAAGCGGGGCAGGAGGGAGCCACGCUCAGGCCAGACCCCCGGGGCUGCCGGAGGGAGGGAGAAGCCA